GUUCCGCUUUUAGGAUGAAGAUAAUUUUACUCCUGGUAGCUGCAGCGACGGUCUGCGCCGGGGAACAGCCCCGCCGCUUCGACAGUUUCAAGGUGUAUCGGGUAGUUCCAACCACUGAGUUACACCUGACAGAGCUCCAUGAGUUGGAGAAGGAUGACAACUACAACUUUUGGUCACCGAUAGCUCUGCAUCACACCGUCGAUGUCAUGGUACCGCCUCAUAUCAAGUAUGACUUUGAACAUCUGAUCCAUUCCUUGCAACUUUCGGGCAAGGUUUUGAUCGAAAAUGUGCAAAAUUUAGUUGAGAACGAACAAAAUCGUACAGCAUCACGAGGCGAGUUGUUUACCAGCUACCAAACAUUGGACGAGAUACACGAUUGGUUAAGAGGAUUGGCUCGUACCUAUCCAGACUUUGUCAAGCUGGUCGUUGGAGGACGAUCGUAUGAAGGCCGCGAAAUUCUGGGGGUACAUGUGUCGUUCAAGUCAGGAAACAAAGGUGUUUUUCUCGAAGGAGGCAUCCACGCUCGCGAGUGGAUCUCACCGGCUACCGUCAGUUUCAUCUUGCACCAACUUCUGACUAGCACCGACCCCGCAAUUCGCGCGGUCGCGGAAAGUCGCGAUUGGUACGUCUUCCCCGUUGUCAAUCCUGAUGGCUACGUCUAUACACAUACCACCAAUCGUGUUUGGCGAAAAACAAGGAAUCCUUAUCAAUAUAACGGUCAAACUUGCUAUGGGGCUGAUCCUAACCGUAACUGGGGUUACCACUGGAACGAAGGUGGUACCGUAGAUGUUCCAUGCUAUGACAUCUACUCAGGCGAGGGGCCCUUUUCAUUAAUUGAAACCAAGUCGUUAUCGGACUACAUCAACACGAUUGCAUCCAACUUAGAUUCAUACCUCGCCUUCCACUCCUAUUCUCAACUACUUCUGAUACCGUUCGGGCACAGCGGAUUGGAAGUUCCUGAAAACAAUGACGAAUUGCACGAAAUCGGUAAAAAUGCACUCGCUAAAUUGUACAGCCGCUACGGAACGAGUUACAAUAUGGGAAAUAUCCCCGAGGCAAUUUAUGUCGCAAGUGGCGGUAGCACCGAUUGGGUGGCGGGUGUCCACAGGAACGUACGCUUAGUGUACACGUUCGAGCUGAGAGACGAGGGAAUGUACGGAUUCCUUCUACCGGCCAAUCAAAUUAUUCCCACAGGACAGGAGACCCUGGACGCCGUUGUCAGCAUGAUUCAACAAAUCAGUGAUUAGUUUUGUCAACGGAAAUAGAUUCAUACGUAACA